UACCGCAGGUCCCGCCCCAAGCAGAAGGUGGGGCCCACCCCGGGCUGGCGGUUGGGCGGUGUGGAGUUGAACCACUUCCUCCCACGCAGUGCACUCAAGCAGAGCAAGAAAUUCGCUCGCCAUGUCCGCGGCAGAGGUGGGGGGUGUUUUCCACAGAGCCCGGGGCAGGACCCUUGACGCAUUUUCCGCAGAAAAGGAAAGGGAAUGGACAGGCCCAUUCUACUUCAUCCAGGGUGCAGACCCACAGUUUGGACUGAUGAAGGCCUGGGUCACUGGGGACUGUGACAACGGUGGAGAUGAGUGGGAGCAAGAGAUUCACCUAAUGAAGCAAGCCAUUCAGGCCAUCAACAAGAUGAACCCCAGACCCAGAUUCUUUGUGGUGUGUGGGGACCUCAUCCAUGCCAUGCCAGGGGCGCCCUGGCGGAAGGAGCAGACGGAGGACCUGCAGCGGGUGCUCAGAAAUGUGGACAGUGAGAUCCCACUGGUCCUGGUCAGCGGCAACCACGACGUGGGCAACACCCCCACCCCGGAGACCAUCGCGGAGUUCCAGCAGACUUGGGGAGACGACUAUUUCAGCUUCUGGGUUGGGGGCGUCCUCUUCCUCGUCCUCAACUCCCAGCUCCUUUAUGAUGCCUCCAGGUGCCCUGCCUUGAAGCAGGCCCAGGACCAGUGGCUGGACCAGCAGCUGAGCACUGCUAGGCAGCAGAAGUGCCAGCAUGUCAUCAUCUUCCAGCACAUCCCACUGUUCCUCCAAAGCAUGGACGAGGACGACAACUACUUCAACCUCCCCAAGACCCUUCGGAAGGAAAUGGCAGACAAGUUUGCCAAAGCAGGUGUCAAAGCUGUGUUCUCAGGCCACUACCACAGGAAUGCCGGGGGCACCUACCAGAACCUUGACAUGGUGGUGUCAUCUGCCAUCGGGUGCCAGCUGGGCAAAGACACCCAUGGGCUCCGAGUUGUGGUGGUCACUGCUGAGAAAAUCGUUCAUCGGUACUACAGUUUAGAUGAGCUGAGUGAGAACGGAAUAGAAGAUGACCUUAUGGAUUUGAUGAAGAAAAAAUGAUUGUCAUUAUGAUCUAUUCACUUUUCACUUCCACUAUUUUUUAAUUUUUGCCAGAAGGAGCAGCUGCCGACAAACACUUAUUGAAUAUAAAAGGAUAUCAAGCAGAUUUGAAUGUAUGCCCUUUUGCAUAAUUCAGAGAGCUGGGUCCUAUCCUAAAUUACAUUUGAAAUAGAAAUGCCCUCCCUUUAAAAAAAGAAGGGGGUGGGGGUUGGAGUCUGGGAAUAAAAGAAUAAAUAUUUCAAUAUCUCUGCAUGAGUGUUUGACUAAACUCUCCUAAUGAUGUGUUUCUCAACUUUCUCAAGUCCUCUGCUCUUGAAUCAGAUUGUUUUCUCAUAGCAUAUGCUGAAAGUCUACCUAUGGGCCUCAACCCCAACUUGACAACCAAGUGCAAUCUUUGAUAAUUCCUUGAACAAACUGCAUGUGAUCAUGUUAAAUUGUAGUUGUGAUUCCCACGCUUGGCAAAUCAAAGAUCAUCGCUAUUCCCUCCUAACAAAACCAUUGUGUCCUAGUACCAGAGCCAUGUAGACUCAUUUUAGCAAGGACUUGGGUGGCCCACAUUUGCUGUUCAAUGCUGAGACUUCUCUGAUGACUGGUGAUGCAGUUGAUAGAAGUCAAAGCUUGAGCUGGCCUUCUUGGUGACUAGAAAAGUGACCUUUGCACACGAAUGAGCCUUUUAUAAAAACCUCACCCAACAGACGAGACCAGAGCCCCGACGUGCCUCCUCUGCCGCCGCUCAGCAGCACGUUCUGGUUUGUCCGCUCACCUUGGCUGCUGCAGCAGCUCCGCAGGUGGGUGUCCUCGUGCAACCAGAAUGACCCUCCCUUCAUGAGACUCUUCACUGUGUGCGCUUUGAUAGAAAAAGUGGGAGCUGAUGCAGGAGUUCUCAAACAAAGCAGAAAUUUCAGUGGGGCAAAAACCACGUUUAGCCGCUGUAUUAGACUUGGCACCCACUUGGGUUAAAUGCACUAGUGCAGUGGAGCGUGUGUGGUUAAAAUCAGCAUUGUUGGCACACGGUCAGUCUGCUUUGCUGCAUCUCCUCCGCACUCCUGACCGCUGUGCUGUUUCAUCCGCAUCGUGGGCUUCAGCAGUUGCCCUGAAGGACAAGGAGCGUAGCUGCUGCCCAUGCUGCCAGGACAUCCCACAGCCUCACGCAGCAGCAGCCCGCUACCCCACAAUGCCUUCAACGGCCCACUGCUUACAAAUGAACUGCAAAACACAUUAAGUUAAAAGACUUUCUUGUUAAGAAGUUUUAGUCAACGUAGCAAAGCCAUGAGAAAUUAAAUAGAAAGAUAAUUGGAUAUGUAAAUU